AUGGAACGAUUGCAGCUGCACCCACGUGUUGAAUGCCUGGAAGUACAAGUUGCUCGAGUCGCCGGCGGUGGUCAGGUUCACCACGUCAGAGAUGACCUCCAACAUCGCCAGAAGACCGUUGUCCAGGGAGGCGACCAACUUGGCAGGCGUCUUAAAGGCGUUGUAGGGCGCAAUGUCACGGAAGUCGACAUUGUUGUUUACCCGACGACCGGGCAGACGGUGCAGUUUUACGUUCUUCGGCGACAGGACGAACUCCUCGGAGUUUGUCGUGCGGAACAUAAGCUCCAGCAUGGUCUUCUGCACAGUGGUAUCGAUGCGCAACAGGUCGUCACGCAGAACAAACUUCUUGGUGGCAUCGCCAUCGGGAGCGUCGGUCUCAAUGCCGCGAGCACAGCCAGCAUCGCACAUGCCCAUGAACCCGUAGAACUUGCGCUUUCCCAUGAAUUUGCUAGCUCCGGCCACACCGUCCAUGAUCUUGCUGAGCAUAGUGGCCAGCGAGUACAGGUUCGCUUGAAGCUCAGUGGAGGUCGGCAACAGAGUGCCGUUUUCCACCAUCACCAUGAACCGACCGACCAUUUGCGGGAGCGACUUGGACAGGACCUCGGCCCUCAACAUUUCACUCUGGCUGUAGAACUUCUCAAACCUCGCAAUCAUCCAUAG